AUGAGCUCAGAUUCACUUUUACACCAAGUAAGAGCUAAUGUAUGGGAAAUACCUCCAAAGUCACCAAAUCGCAAAAUCCAAACCAUAAUCACCCGUCUAAGAAUAGGUCACACCUAUAUUACUCACAACUACCUGAUGUCACGAGAGACCCAUACUAAAUGUCCAAAAUGCAACGCACCAAUAACUGUACACCACAUACUGGCUGAAUGUCCACUCAACACCGCCCCAAUGGACCUGUCCACGUGCCUGAGCGACGAGAAGUACCUCCAGGAUGAACAAAAAAAUAAAUUAAAACGAGGUAAUAUGUUUUGUUAUGGAAAACUUGCAACAGCUUUAGCUUGUUAUGUCCUAACUCUAGUGGACACGCGUGAAUUUAUUUUAUUGAGUCUAAAUUACCGACGUGAUCGUAAUUCGCCCGGGAAUAUUGAAAUACUCAACUUUGAAAUAGCAGGAAUGAAUAAAUAUUAA